CAUGGGCAUGGUGGACGCUGGAAUGCACCCGAUUAUCACGUCAAUGAUGUCGUAUGUAUCGAUAUGAAAGAAUGUUAUCCAGCAAGCAUGCGAGGUCAAGGAGAAUGUACACCAUGGUUCAAUAGGUUCGGACAUCCAACACACUACCUUGUUCGAGUUGCGGUAAAUGGAGAAUUGCCGGAGGAUGAUAUCACUGGAUUUGCGCAGGUUGGUAUUCUAGAAAGUGUGACUAUUGGAGAGGCAAUAAUUUCUCUUACUAAACAGACCAAAGUAUGGCUACCUAGAAAUCGAGAUAUUAGUUGUGCAAUUAUAGGUAAGUUUACACAAGGUGGCAAGAUUGAUGAAAAACGCCUUACUCAUCGACUUGUAACAGAUGAAGGUGAGCUUGAUUUCUUGAUCAAAGAUUGUACUGAUGCUGGAACUUUUGCCGGAAGAGAAAAAU